CCUCAGUCUUUUGUCCCUCCUCCCGCGCCGUCCAGUGCAACCAAAAAACGUGCAAUGUUGUGACUGAAUGAGACAUCUGUCCUCUGAGCUGCAGCUCAUUUGAACGCACAUUUUAGGCGGUCCGGCUGUGUCAUUUAGUCAACUUCACAUGGCGUUUACAUUGUAGUCUGCAGCUUUAAAAACCCAGUGAAUCUUCAUCUUCACCCGGUUAAACCGAGGAGGAGGAGUGUAACCAGGACAACACGCUAGUCCCGCUGCUACUGAGCUGAAGCACUCUCACGCUCUCUGAAAGGUUUAUCUGUUAAACAUGUCGGCUAAUGACUCGAGGAAGCGGAGCAAGAAGCGGUAUGCAGCCGGACACCACAACAACAAGCGGUGGAAGGGCUCCAGAGAGCUGGAGGUGGGCAUGGAGGGGAUCCUCAUCACAUGCAACAUGAACGAGAGGAAGUGCACCGCCGAGGCCUUCAACCUGCUCAAUGAGUACGCAGACACGCUGUUUGGGCCCGAGAAGUUCCAAGAUAAUAAUGGGAGCAGCAGUGAAGAGGAGGAGGCUGAUGAAGAAGAUGUUGAUGUAGCGCUGAAGAAGGAAGUGGCACAGCUGAAAGCCUCUGGAACUAAACAGGAGAGGCGCUUCCAGGCGUUGGACAGCGGAGCAAACAAUGUAAUCUUCAUCAAAACUCAAAGUCUGGAAUCUGACAAGCUGGUUCAUCACAUCCUGUCUGAUCUCCACACCACCAAGAAGAAGAAGUCACGCGUGAUCCUUCGGAUGCUACCAGUAACUGGAACAUGCAAGGCCUUCCAGGAUGACAUGGUGAAGUACUUGACUACUUUCCUGGAGCCUUGGUUCAAAACCCCAAACUGUGGUACCUACCAGAUCGCCUUCAAGGCUCGCAACAGCAGCCACAACAAGAGAGACGAAAUCAUCAAAUCAAUUGCAGGUCUCGUGGGGAAGCUGAACCCUAAGAACAAGGUUGAUUUGACCAACCCAGAACUGACAAUCAUUGUGGAGGUCAUCAAGGCGGUGUGUUGCCUCAGUGUGGUAAAAGACUAUACGCUGUAUAGAAAGUACAAUGUCCAGGAAGUAGUCAAAGAGGACACGCCAAAGCCUGACGUGACCACAGCACAAACGGAUACGAAUACGGCUGAGGAGAAGGCGAAACACGAUGCAGAGGAGACGAAUGAAGAAGAGAAGAAGAAAGGCGAAGAAGACAAUGGCAACAAUGUGCCCCAGGACAACAAGGAGGCUGAUAAGGAUGAAGGUGACGGGGAGUAAGAGCUCAUAUUUAGAGAAGCUGAUGAUCAGUCAGAUUUUGAAUUUCUACAAAAAAACAUCUUAAGUUGCAUUAUAUUGUAGUGUUUUUUGUUUUAAAUACAAGGCUCUAAGCAAGAAUACGUAAUUUUUUUUAAUGACUGAUGACACGACUUGACAAAGGUUCGCAGGAGUCGAACAGAAUCCUAAUUUAAUGUCUUUUUUAUAUUCCUAAAGAUAUCUAUGAUACAUUGGUACCGACUUCAUUGAGGUGUCCAUUUUUUAAAUAAUUGAUAUAUGUGAUUUUGAAUUAACUGUACAUGUCACCAUUCUGCAGCAUAACUGCCAUCAGCUCAGUUUUUUUUAAUACUGAAUUUGAUUUUUAAUUUCAAUGUUAUUUUUAUUUUAUUCUUUUACAUUUUUACUUAAAGAAAAAAGGGUUUUGUUCAGUUUGUGUCACAUUUAGUUACUCCGUUUUUUGUAACUGUUAUUUCCUAAAGCAGUCCCUGAAUUAAAGGCAUUUGUGUGUUUGACAGUU